AAUCCUAGACCUGCGCUCUACACAAAUGUUCCUACCACCGCGGCCGCAACCAGUCUCAGAAAUGAAGCGUUGUUACAACUGUGUUAAUACGUAUUCCUAAACGAACCCUUUUCCCGCUCUGAAGCUUGCAACAUCGUGAGGCAGAGCAAUUUUAGAGGGUUUACGCUUAAUGCGCCAUUACUCUUGAACAGCGUGCAAAUAACGCAGGUGUCACUACAAGUAGCUGCAAAAGUACUACACUCGUAUGUUUGUUUUACACUCAGAUAUUAGGGUAUCAACCUGCAAUCAGGGCUUCAAUCUACAGUAAGGUAAUGAUCUGAUUGCAUAGAAUCUUGUCGCCAAAAUGGCUUCAAAUGGUCCAGCUCCAUCUAUGAAAAAAAGGGAAUCUUCUGGAUCGAGAGAAGGGGAUCAGCUAAUCAUCACACCAUUGGGCGCAGGCAAUGAAGUGGGUCGUUCCUGUGUUUUCAUGUCUUACAAGAACAAGACUGUUCUUUUUGACUGUGGUAUCCAUCCUGCAUAUUCAGGCAUGGCUGCUUUGCCUUACUUCGAUGAAAUAGACCCUUCAACCAUUGAUGUACUUUUGGUCACACAUUUUCACCUGGACCAUGCAGCUUCACUUCCAUAUUUCCUAGAGAAGACCACAUUCAAGGGCCGGGUUUUUAUGACCCAUGCUACAAAGGCUAUUUACAGGCUGAUUUUAUCAGAUUAUGUGAAAGUUAGCAAAGGUUCUGUUGAGGACAUGUUGUAUAAUGAGCAAGAUAUAAUACAAUCCAUGGAUAAAAUUGAGGUGAUCGAUUUCCACCAGACACUGGAAGUGAAUGGUAUUCGCUUCUGGUGCUAUACUGCUGGACAUGUACUCGGUGCUGCAAUGUUCAUGGUUGACAUCGCCGGGGUUCGUGUUCUUUACACAGGUGACUACUCGAGAGAGGAGGACCGCCACCUCCGUGCUGCUGAGCUCCCACAAUUCUCACCUGACGUGUGCGUCAUAGAGUCAACCUAUGGUGUACAGCUCCAUCAACCACGUGUUGUCCGUGAAAAACGUUUCACUGAUGUCAUUCAUAAUACUGUAGCUCAAGGUGGUCGGGUCCUUAUACCUGCCUUUGCCCUCGGACGAGCUCAAGAACUUCUGCUUAUACUUGAUGAGUAUUGGUCAGCCCACCCUGAACUCCAUAACAUCCCUAUAUAUUAUGCUUCGCCACUUGCUAAGCGUUGCAUGGCAGUGUACCAAACCUACAUUAAUGCAAUGAAUGAAAGGGUGAGGGCGCAAUUCGAGGUUUCCAACCCCUUUGAUUUCAAGCACAUCUCGUCACUCAAGAGCAUUGAGAACUUUGAUGAUGUUGGGCCUUCGGUUGUCAUGGCCAGCCCAAGUGGAUUGCAGAGUGGCCUCUCUAGGCAGUUGUUUGAUAUGUGGUGCCAGGACAAGAAGAAUGCCUGUGUUAUACCUGGUUAUGUUGUUGAAGGGACCCUGGCUAAGACCAUCAUCAAUGAGCCCAAGGAUGUGACACUUAGUAAUGGGCUUACAGUGCCUUUGAACAUGCAGGUCCAUUACAUUUCUUUCUCAGCACACGCUGAUUAUGGCCAGACCUUUGAAUUUUUAAAGGAUCUCAUGCCUCCAAACAUAAUCCUCGUUCAUGGUGAGGCAAAUGAGAUGGGGAGGCUGAAGCAAAAGCUCCUUGCACAAUUGCCUGAUAAAAACACAAAAAUCCUCACUCCAAAGAACUGCCAAACUGUUGAGAUGCAUUUCAAUUCAGAGAAGAUGGCAAAAGCAAUAGGCCGGUUAGCUGAAAAGAUUCCAAAAGAAGGUGAACAUGUAAAUGGGUUGCUUGUCAAGAAAGGCUUCACAUAUCAGAUAAUUGCGCCAGAGGACCUCCACAUAUUUACGCAGUUAUCAACUGGAAACAUAGCCCAAAGGAUCUCAGUCCCUUAUGAAGGUGCAUUCAGUGUGAUAAGGCACCGAUUAAAGCAAAUAUAUGAAAGUGUAGAGCCGUUGGGUGACCCAACUGAAAGUCCCACAGCUCUUCUUGUCCACGAUCGAGUUACAGUGAAGCAAGAAAACACUAAAUGUGUCUCAAUACAGUGGUCCACAGACCCAAUAAGCGAUAUGGUCUCUGACUCAGUCGUGACUGUCAUUUUGAAUAUAAAUAGAGGAAUUGCAAGAGUGGGGGUAAUGGGAGAGGGGGUCACCGAGGAAGAGAUGGAGAGGACAGCUGAGAAGGUGGUUUUGGCACUUCUUAAUUCACUCUUUGGUGAUGUGAAGAGGGUGGCUGGAGAGGAAGGGAAGAUGGUGGUUUCGGUUGAUGGGGUGGUUGCAACUGUUGAUAGCAAAAGUGGGGUUGUGGAGUGCGAGAAUGAGGGUCUCAAGCAGAGGUUGAGGACUGCUCUUCGAAGGAUCAAGAGUGCCGUGAAGCCGAUCCCUCUUCAGAAGGUCUGUUAGUGGGUGAUAAGUCCAUUCUGUUACCUGGAAAGGAAAUUGUAAGUAAAAACCUUAUGGGGUAUGGAAAGACCCAACUGCAUUGAGUCCUUACUAUCCUUUGAAAUGAUUGAGCAUGAUGAAGAUUGACGGGCCUUCAGCAAUAGGGAAUGAUCCCGAUGUGGGGACCUCUGUCUCUCUUUAUCACCAGUUGUCAUUCCAAUUGACGGUGAUAAUUUAAUGGAUUACAGUUUCGCAGUCUUUUGGAUGGUCAUGUACUUUCCUAUUCUAAAUUGCUUGAAGUUGUUAACAGUCAUUGACAAUUGCCCUGAAGUACCUUCCUCUUCUCUUUAAACUCUAUACUCCUUUAUUACUAUAAUUAAAAGUCAACAUUCUCAAAAAAGUUUGGCCUGAA